ACAUUUCUUCAUCACUUGACAAAGUAAGCGGGUCACAAUGGUUAUUUAUAUAUGAUAUAUUUAUUGAAUCGAAAGUGUUUUCUGUAAUAUUAAUUUAUGCUCGUAGUUAAUUUUAAGAUUAGGUUUGGUUUUCAGAAUGGACAUUGUAGGAAAUUUGCCUCAAGAAAUUAGUCAGCAUGUUUUGUCAUUUCUAACACCCACAGAGCUUUUUAAAUGUUUUCAUGUUUGUAAGAAAUGGUAUAAUUUAGCUAAUACAGAUUUCCUUUGGAAAAGGCAUUGUGUAUUAGAAUUAUUAUUAAGUGCUGAUACAAACAUACCUCUGUCGAGUUCAAAUGGGCCACUCUGCAAGUGGGGAAGUAUCUAUAGAUCUUUCAAAAGGAAAGUUAACAGGUGGGAACAUGAUUGUGCCCAGUGUUUCAAUGUUACUCUUUCUAGUUUAAACUCUGUCAUUGCUUUUGGUGAAUUGUCUUUUGUAGUAUACUACUUUUUACCUCUUGAGUCACAUCUGGAGAAAUUAUAUGUUUAUCGAUUAUGUGAAGAAAAAGUAAAUUGUGAACAAAUAAUUGAAUUAGAGUUACCUGGCCGGGGUAUUGUUCAGUUGAUCACAAAUGACAUUUACACAUUAGUUUCCAGAGAUAAUUUUAUUUUAUGCUUUAAGAAAACUCCUGAAAAACAUAUUACUUAUGUUGCUAUAUGUCUAAGAUCAGGUGUUUUAGAAUAUACUACCGAAGAUAUUAUAUGUUUUAUAAAUGCUAAAAGUUGUCUUGAUCGAGAACUAAAUAUCAGAGAACUAUGUAAUAGUUAUCUAUGGUUUGAAGAUAGCAGUAAGACUAUUCAUGUUUUUAAUUUAGAAACAAAUGAAUUUUUAAAAAUCAGUCCACUCCAGGAAAUGAAACGUAUGUGUAACUUAAUCACAACAUGGUCAGAAUCUGAGGUAAUAGUUUAUUCUCCAGGUGGUGAAGUUCUUUUAAAUUUGCCUAUUGAUUAUGUCCAAGAUGUAUUUUUGAAUAAAACUACUCUUGCUUGUCUCCACCCUGCCAAAGGGCAACAUACAAGAGUACUACAAACAUUUGAUGUCAAGAGUGGCGAAAAACUUAUGCAAAAAAAUGUCAUGAGGUUUGCCGAUAUUACUCUUCAUUCAAGUUAUGAUUCAAUUUAUAUUUUAGAAAGAAGUAGUCGUGAUUUAUAUAGGGUAAGUUCUCUUUGUGCUAGGACUGGACAAAUCCAGUGGAAUGUAUCCUUACCUAAUAUGUUUUAUAAUCUUUGGCCUGCCAUUUUACACGUUGUUUCUUAUAAGCAUUUGUUCGUUUGGCCUUGUAACAAUAGAACUGAUAGAUAUUCUAUUUUUAAUCUGAAGACUGGUAAAAUGCUUUAUGCAAGCUCAAAUACAGGAAGUAUACAAUAUAUAAACGAAGGUGUGUGUAUUUCUGUAGAUGGUAAAGUGGUUCAUAUCAAAAGCUUUUUGUGAUAAAUUCAUUAAAUAUAAUUAUAUUUAUAUACCAUUUUUCUCAAUGGCAUACCACCAGUUGUAGAUACCUUUUAAAAGAUCUAAAUUAAUUAGGAAAUUAAAUUAUUGUUACUUUUGCUAUUAUAAAUUUAUUUCUGUAACAAAUGUAGUCUCCUACAUUUUGUACUUUCAGAUUACAUGGAAUCUAUUAGCAUAUGAUUCCUACUCAUAGUUUAUUUGUUAUACAUUUCUAGUAGUUUAAUAAACCUGAAUCAGUAUUAAUGUUUAAUAGUUACUUAUAAUGUGGACAAAUUUCAGAUUUUGUGUAUGUGUAAUUAUAUUAUUUCCACAGACGUUUAUUUUUAAUAAAUUAAAUUUAAAAUAUAAUAAUGUUAAAAUACAGUUAGCAGUCUUUGAUAUUAAUUAUUUAUCUCUUUGUUCAUAUUCUAACAAACCUUUUUCCUUUCUUAUCCUUAUAUUUAAUGAUUUCGAUAGUUUAUCUAAAUAUUUUUGAUUGCUUGUAUGUACGUAUUUACAUAUUUAUAAAAUUAUACUUAUUCCAAUUAAGUGAUGCUGUCUUAUGCUUUGUUUUUUUUAAGAUAUAAAAUUGGUUUAAUGCCAGUUCUAGUGUAGUUUCAAUCAUGACUUAUUAGUGAUGGAUAAUAGCAUAUUUUGUGAAACAGUUAGUGACCCUUAUAAUUUUAAAGUGAGAUAAGUUGGAAAAUUUGUAACAAAAUUAAUGAAAUAUAAACAUGCAUGUGCAAA